UGUUUUCUGGGGAACGCAGAGGGGAGCCCGAGCGCCCGGUGUCGCGCCGAGCCCGCGGACUGAGGUCAUCUGCCCUCCUCCGUCAUCCGCCUGCCGCUCUGCCGUCCGCUCAGCCCGACCUCCGGGCGCCGACCCAGCGCCCAUGAGCCUCCAUCCCCUGGCGGCCGUCGCGCUAGCCGCGCCACACAGCCCGCUAAGGCUGCUCGCGAGAAGGCUGGCCGCCAUGGUGGAGCCGCUCAAGUCUGUGGACUACGAAGUGUUCGGGAGAGUGCAAGGUGUUUGCUUCAGAAUGUACACAGAAGGAGAAGCUAAGAAAAAAGGUCUGGUUGGCUGGGUGAAGAACACAAGCAAAGGCACAGUGAUAGGUCAAGUACAAGGCCACGAAGAAAAGGUCAAUUCCAUGAAGUCCUGGCUGAGCAAGGUUGGGAGUCCUAGUUCUCACAUCGACCGGGCGGAAUUUUCUAAUGAAAAAACAAUAUCUAAACUGGAAUACUCUGAUUUUAGUAUUAAAUAUUAGUUGAAGAAAAUAUCAAUUGCAAUGCUUAUAUUAUAGAAAACAUUCUUAGGUGUAUAAUAGUAGGAGAGUUAAAAAUGGAAAGUUUCUGUUCUUGAAUUAUACAUUACUGAAAUGUCUGCAGCUGAAAAAAUUUACUCACCUAUGUUUUAGCAAGCAUAAAUUAAAUAUUAUAAAAGAAAAUGUCAUUAUAAUUUAUCUGAUAUGAACAUUCAAGUGCAUGUCUUAUGGAGUCAUUCAUUUCAGAAAACAUUACAGUAUAUAUGUUGUUUAUAUUACAUUAUAUAUGUUAUUUGGCUAGACAUAAAAUAAAAUUGUCUAAAAUUAUCUUUGGGUAAUGUUGCCUAAUGGGCUGACUUUUAAUGUCCUCUGAAUAAUAAUUUACUAUUAAAGUUGAGUGAUCAGUCUUUAAAAUAGUUAAAAUAAAUUUGUGUGAUGAUCAACAUAAUUGGAAAGUAAUAGCAAUUGAGAGUAUGUAAAAUUCUGCUUACACUCAAACCUGAUUCAGUACAAAUUUGGACUUAUUUUGUAUCCUGGACUUCAUUGUUUUGUGGUCUGGAUAGGCAAGCUUGGUGACGGCAGGUAGAAGAGCUAGUUUCAGUAGAGCAAGCUUUGAAACUUUUAAUCUACUCCCUUCAGUUAUUACCCAAUGACUAAAAGCACUGAGAGUCUAAAUAAAUCACCUAAACUUGAACUAUCAUUUGGGGAUCUUCAAAUGAUAACCAGGCUACAUAGUAUUGAAGAGAAGGUUCAUUUCUAUACCAUGGAAUUAUAAUAUUAAAUAUUAAAUUAUAAUAUUGAAUUAUAAUAUUGAAUUAUAAUAUUGAACUAUAAUAUUGAAUAUUGCUGGGUGCAACAACUAGUAUCCUAAUCUUGUAAGCCAUAUUAAACCUAAAUCCUCUGGCAGUGAAUCCUAGUGGAUUUGCCAUAAGUAGAGAGACACUAGUAGCUACAUCUUGCCCUCUCAUUAUUCCAGUCCAAAAGGACCCUAUCUCUCUCCUUCUUCCUCUCUUCCCCUAUCCAACCCAGAAGUCCCACCUACUGGCCUAGUGAUUGAGUCUUUUAUUCAUUAGAGGAUGGUUCUCAAAAAGUCACCUGAGUAUUUGCAGACAGCCUCUCCUGGAAAAGCGGAAUUAACAUCAAAAUACAACAGCACCAGUGCCAUCCACAACAGAUUUGUAUUUUAAAUUUUAUUUACUUUUAUUGUGUAUAUGCAUGUGCGGUUAUGUGUGAAUACAAAAAUGCAUCAUGAUUUAUGCAUAGAAGUCAGAGGACAACUUUUCAUAAGUCAUUUCUUUCUUAUCUUGUAUGUUGCUUCCUUGAGUCCCAGGCUUCAAGUACCUUUAUCACCAUAGACCUGAUUUUCGCAUUUUUAAUAACAAUGGAACCCUCCAAUAAAACACUGCUUUAUGAAGAACUGAAUAAAUAAAAGAAGUUGGUUGUUGGA